AUGGCCACCGCCGCUUCCAAUCCCUAUCUGCCCAGCAAUAGCAUCCUAUCGUCCGGCUCCAUCGGGCACUCGGACUCGGGAGGCGGCGGCAUGCAGCCGGGCGGAGCCUCGGUCACCUCGGGCUCAGGGGGCUACCGGGGAGACCCCUCGGUCAAGAUGGUGCAGAGUGACUUUAUGCAGGGGGCGAUGGCUGCCAGCAACGGGGGGCACAUGCUGAGCCAUGCCCACCAGUGGGUGACCUCCCUGCCGCAUGCGGCGGCGGCGGCAGCGGCGGCCGCGGUGGCGGCAGCGGAGGCCGGCUCGCCCUGGUCGUCGAGCCCGGUGGGGAUGACCGGGAGCCCGGGGCAGCAGGACGGGAAGAACCCGGGCAGAGACGACCUGCACACGGGCACCGCGCUGCACCACCGGCCCCCCCACCUGGCUCCGCACCAGACGCACCCGGGUCCAUGGGGCAGCAGCUCCAUCUCCGGGGGGGGGCAGCAGCAGCAGCAGCAACAGCAGCAGCAGCAGCAGCAGGCUCUUCUCUACUCGCAGCAGGGGGGCUUCACUGUGAACGGGAUGCUGAGCGCCCCCGGGAGCCAGAGCCUGGUGCACCCGGGCCUGGUGGUGAGGGGGGGGGACACCCCGGACCUGGACCACCACCACCACCACCACCACCACGGGCACGCGCACCACCAGCACCACGGGGGGGGGCUCAGCGGCAGCAGCGGGCACGAGCCGCACUCGGACGACGACACGCCGACCUCGGACGACCUGGAGCAGUUCGCCAAGCAGUUCAAGCAGAGGCGGAUCAAGCUGGGCUUCACGCAGGCGGACGUGGGCCUGGCCCUGGGGACCCUGUACGGGAACGUCUUCUCGCAGACCACCAUCUGCAGGUUCGAGGCUCUGCAGCUCAGCUUCAAGAACAUGUGCAAGCUGAAGCCUUUGUUGAACAAGUGGCUGGAGGAGGCCGACUCCACCACGGGCAGCCCCACCAGCAUCGACAAGAUCGCAGCGCAGGGGAGGAAGAGGAAGAAGAGGACCUCCAUCGAGGUGAGCGUCAAGGGGGCCCUGGAGAGCCACUUCCUCAAGUGCCCCAAGCCCUCGGCCCAGGAGAUCACGUCCCUGGCGGACAACCUGCAGCUGGAGAAGGAGGUGGUGAGAGUUUGGUUUUGCAAUCGGAGGCAGAAGGAGAAGCGGAUGACGCCGCCCGGAGUGGCUCAGACGCCGGAGGAUGUGUACUCUCAGGUCGGCAAUGGGCAUUUUUUAGUAGAUUACUUAAAAGAUGCAAGUGAAGCGAGCGACCAGAGGGUGACAACCACAAGUUCAUUCCACCAGGUAAUUUUGGCGCAUUAA